UGAAACGUUUCAAACUAGGCGAGUAUUACGCCAAUAAAUAUGAACGCAAAACACAUACUUCCUAUUGUUAUAAUUGCUAGUUUAUUUUUCAUAGUUUCUACCAGAACGGAAACUGAAGAUGAAAAUGUAAUUGUACGAUUAGCAAAAGGUGCGAUUAAAGGAAGAUCGCGAACGAGUGCUAAUGGAAGUAUUUAUUAUUCGUUUCAAGAUAUCCCAUACGCGGCACCACCGAUAGGCAAAAACAGGUUCCAGGUACCAAAAUCACCUGAAGCAUGGGAAGGUAUAUUAGACGCAACAGAUAACACAAAAGCAUGUAUUGGAGCUAUUCCUGACAAUAAUACUUCUUUGAAUAUUAACCAAACGGAAGAUUGCUUGUACUUGAAUGUUUAUACACCAGUGAAUGCUUAUAGAAGAAAUAAAUCCACUGUUGGCGCAAUUGAUCAACUCAUUAAACAUGUGUUGGAAAUCUUGGAAAACAAACAGCAAACUCUGGGGUUAUUUUUUGAUUUGAGCAAAGCUUUUGACCUCGUUGACCAUGACAUACUGCUACACAAAUUGCAGUUUUAUGGUAUACGUGGUCCUGCAUUGAAUUGGGUUAGAUCUUACCUGACUGGCCGUAAUCAACUGGUCUGUGUGAAUGGAAUUAACUCUGUAAGUAAAUGUAUAGUAAGAGGGGUACCUCAAGGCUCUGUUUUAGGACCUCUUUUAUUUUUGGUUUUUAUUAACGAUUUUCCGAAAUUUUGUUCGAUAGCUUCCAUUAUUAUAAUUUUUGCGGAUGACACUAAUAUCUUGGUAUCUGCGGAAACUAUGUCCGAAGUGAUUGUCAAUGCUGAUGAAGUAACUGAUCAAAUUGAGGAGUGGUGUUCUACAAAUGGUCUGCUGCUAAAUUCUGCCAAAUCUCAAAUGCUCAACUUUGUUACUAAAAAUAUAACUAUUGAUAAAAGCUAUUUGGUAAGAUUAAAUAAUGAAACUUUACAUCAAAUUAAUUUUAUCAGUUCCUUGCCAGUUUUUAUUUUCAUACAUGGGGGAGCGUUCAUAACUGGUUAUGGAGGAUACUACAUUUAUGGACCAAAACAUAUAAUGGAUCACAAUAUUGUCGUUGUGACAUUGAACUAUCGACUUGGAGUAUUCGGAUUUCUUGCCACUAGUGAUGGGGUCAUUCCUGGUAAUUUGGGUCUCAAAGACCAACAUUUUGCUAUGAAAUGGGUUCAAGAGAACAUACAUAUUUUUGGUGGAGAUCCUAAUAAAGUAACUAUUGGUGGCCAAAGUGCAGGAGCUAUUUCAUCGAGUUAUCAUAUGAUCAGCAAAAAGAGUGGAGGUCUCUUUCAAAAUGUAAUAUUGCAAAGUGGCGCAGCUAUCAACACCAUAGGAUUUCAGGAAAAUCCAGAUAAAUAUGCUUUCAAACUUGGUAAUAUUUUGAAUAAUUCGCUUGAUGUUAUGGAUUCAAAGAAUUUGUUGGCUCUUUUAAUGAAUACCACAACAGAUGAAAUCUUGGCAGCUGCAGCUCAGAUCCCAUUUGACGGAAAUGUCGACUAUGUUGUAUUGAAGGAAUUGAUUUGGUGUCCGAUAAUCGAAAGCAGCAACUUGCCCGAUGCGUACAUUUCAGAGCCAAUGUACGAUAAUCUACAGAAUGGGGAAUUCAAAAAUGUUUCAAUUCUGAUAGGUUUCACUGACGAGGAAGCGUUAUCCUUCUUGCCAGGUAUACCCCUCGAAGAAAUUGCUCAAUUGUUCGAUUCUGAUCCAAGUCUGAUGGUAAAUGAUAAAUUACAUUUAGAUGCCCAUAACAGAAGUAUUGUGGGAAAUGAAAUAUGGAAACUUUAUACUGAAAAUACUCCAUUUGCAAGAGACUUGGGUGCAUUAGUUCGAUUUGCUUCUGAUAGUUUGAUUACCAGGGGUGUGAUCCGUCAUGCAGAUAUUACAUCUCGAUAUGUUCCAACCUACCUGUAUCAAUAUUCAUACGGAGGAGACCGACAAAAAAAGAAGUUUCCUGAUACCGGAAAUGUGGGCCAUUCUUACGAGAUGGUAUACAUUUGGGACGUAACUGGUUUUCCAGAUGUGACAGAAUUCGACAACGUUAUGCGUCAGCGUACCCUAAAAUUAUGGACUAAUUUCAUUAAAUAUCAGAAUCCUACACCAGAGGACGACUCGUUGUUGCAGCAUAUGAUCUGGCCAAAAUUAGAACCAGACACAUCAAUAUACUUGAAUAUCAAUAAUACAUUCAGUUUCGGUUCUAACCCAAGAAAGUAUAAUGAAGUGAAAAAUAUAUUCGAUGAGUACAUAACAUCACCGUUAGCUACAUACUGAAAUACUAGAAUGAAAAAAAUAAUAAAUUGAUUGUUGAAUGAGGUGUCUCCUGCCAACAUUCUGUAUACGAUAUGUUGUUUUGACAGAAGGGAAUGUCAAUAAAGUUGUUUGAAAAUACA